AUGUAGUUGUUUCAAACUCCCAAUUCACCCAAGUCUACAUCUCGCAAUUACAGAAAACCAUUUUCAAAUCUCAACAAUUAUUCUGAAUUCUAAUAAUCAUCUAAUUAUUUGAAAACCAAAAUUUCAGCAUUGGAAAUGAGAGUCAAAAACAUCAAUAGCAAUCAUGUAAGUGAAAAUAGAUCAACAAACACUUCCAAAACUACAGCUAAUCUGUCCCCCAAAGAAUUUAAAAGAAAUCUCUAUUACGAAUCCAUCAUCAGCAAACGUUAAUAAAAUUUUAGUAAAUUGGAUCAUUCUCCAUCAGAACAAUCCACAACACAUAAUAAAUAUAGUUUAUUAACUCACCAAAUUCCUGCCAUCUCAAAUUUAAACAUUAAAGUAUAAAAUUUCACAAAAAAAUUAAGAGAAUUUUAAAUACAUAAAACAUAAGAAUCUGACAUUAUCAUGACUAAAAUCAAAUAAUUUUGUGAUUAACACUUCAAUGAAUGCUUUGAUUUCUAUAGGUCUACAGAUUUAAUGUCCUUAAAAUAUUUCAUUUACUUAAUCAUACAAGAAAUAAACUCAAAUGGACAAGAAACCGCUCGAUCCAUAGAAACUUAGAAUUAACAAAAUCAAAUCCAACAUUUAAAAUCCUUGUUAGAAAACUAAAAAUUAGACCAAACUACUAAUCAAAGCUAAUAAAAAUUUAAAAAAGUGAUAAUUGAUACACAGAAUGUGAUUCAAUCGAUAAUUUUAUAGUUGUAAUAGUAACAUAAUUAAAAUAUGUUAACUAAUUAAGUUCAGAUGCUCAAAAAUUAAAUUCAAACCUUAAAUGAUGUGAAAUAAUAAUAAUCAUUUAGGUUAUCAUUUGGAAUGAGAACCUCCAGUAAUAUAGAUAGUGAAAACAACCCAACAAUUGCAAAUCAAUCUACUUCAAGAGCAAAUUAAUCGACAUAUAGAGAAAGAUUUAAAACCUCAAUAAAUUCAAAAUCCAAAUCUCCCUUUAAUGUAGAAACUCCUAAGAAAAAUAAACUCUUAGAAGAAUAAUAAAGAAUUAUCUAGCAAUUGCUCUCUAAGAUACCUGAUCAACAAUAAUUGGAUGGGCAUAAGAAGACAAUUGAAGAACUUGAGGAAGAAUUGAAUAAAAAGAACUAGUUAAUAGUUGAGCUGGAAGAUAGAAUUUAGAAUGAGGAAGCUUAUUUAGUAUUGAAUCAACGAAUUUUGGAUAUCAACAAAAAUUUAGAUAACGUUAUAUCAUAAAAUUAGAGUCUUAUUAAAGAGAAUGAUGCUUUGAAAUAUGAAUUAGGACAAUUGAGAUUUUUAGAAGAGCAAUAUUAUGCAUUAGUAAAAGAAAAUAAAAUCCUACAGUAAUCAAUUAUCAAUAACGACUGUUAAUACGAUAAAAUAUUACAAUAAUUCGAAUUGGAAUGUAAGAAUUAUCGAUAGCAAAUCCUGAAACUUCAAGAAACUUGCGAAACUUAGCAAGCCUAAUUAUAAGGGUAGGAGGAGCAGAGAGGACUUUAAUACUAAUUGUCAUAAUUCGAUAAAUUGAAAAAAUUCAUUAGAGAAGAGGCUUAAGGUGUAGGAUAGGUGAUUACAUAAAUUAAUCAAUAAUUAUAAAAAUAAUUGUCAGAUAUUAUGCCUAAUUCAAUAAAAUAGUUAUAAAAGGAUCUUGCCAAGAAGAAAUGUGUGAUUGAGGAAAAGAUAUUGAGUUUUGAGUAACUAUAGGAUGAGGAUUGUGAAUUGGGAAAGGUUCUGAACAAAUAAGAAAAUGAUGAACUGAAGUUGAUUUUAUUGAUGCAAUCUCUGACAAUAGAGAAGAUGAUUGAUUUGUGA